AUGACCGAGCGCAUCGUCGGUCGGCCAUGGACUGCUGAAGAGGACCGUCUUCUCGCCAAUGCCGUUGCCAUUCAUGGAGAGUCAGACAACUGGAAGGCCGUCGCCCACUGUGUCCCGGAAAGGACCAAUAAGGCCUGCAGGAAGGCAAGUCGAUGGCUCCAUUCCCUAUCACCGAAUGUGAAGAAAUCUGCCUGGACGCCAGAGGAAGACCAUCUACUUUUGGAACUCUACGAAGUUCAUUCAACAAAGUGGUCUGUGAUUGCGAGGCAUAUUCCUGGUCGCACUGACGACGCUUGUUCAAAACGUUAUCGUGAGGCACUCGACCCCUCCCUCAGACGCGACGAAUGGUCCAAGGAAGAGGACGACAAACUCUUUGACGCGUACUCACGUUUGGCUGGACGAUGGGGCCAAGUCGGCCAGGAGUUACAGCGCAGCGGAUUAGCCUGCCGUAACAGGUGGAGGCUUCUGGAGCGAAAAAGACACAACUUAACCGAGCCUCAGGGUGUCGCAGUUUCAAAAUUGUCAUCGACUAUGUCUUCAGACCUAUCAAGCCCUAUAUUAACGUACCCCGAUCCCACACCUUGGCCACCACCACCCAUGCUCAAUCCCAGGCAAUAUUGGGGUGAAAAUCUAUCUCAGUUUGACGGAGGCCCAUCCCUAGCAUCUGGACAGCAACAUAGCCACGUAAGGUCUCACAAUGACGUGGGAUUGUUGGGCAGUGUAGAAACCUCAGUUUCCCAUCCACAGUCGAUACAGCACGUUGACAAUCUUCCGCCCCCAUUUCAUUAUUCGUCUUCAUCAUUAAGUUCGGCCUUGUCUUCUCCGCACACUCUUGCAAUGAGGUAUGAUAAAAGUACCGCGGCCCCUAGCGGCUCUUACCAAAUGGGGGAAACUCACGCCGUCCCACACCCUAUUACCUCCGUUCCGCCGGCCGAUAAUGCGACCGCGGUUUUUGACUAUGGGGUAGUCCUCGAUCCAUCUCUUGUCAACGCCACUCGAGUCACGGACUAUGCUGUUGGACAUCGCCCUGUGUAUGAGGACCACGUUGCUAAACAUCAAUAUAAUGAGAUCCAACGAAGCCUCGCUCCCACACCUGUGCCAUCUCAUACACCCGUUCCCCCACAACGUGCUUCGGAAUACUAUUCGCCCGUGCCUCGUCAUAACGAUCCUAAGACCAUCGGAUUGGGUGCCAAACGCGGCCCUCCCCAGGAUACUUUGUCACCCAACCCUGACGACCCAAAUCCUCGCCCGACUGCACGGCCACGGCAGUCAUUUGUACGGAAGCGUGCUGACAUUAAUGCUCCUCUGAGGCUAUCCUCCGACUUGCCCGCCACAAAUGACCCCUCUAUAAAGCCAUAUGCGUGCGGUCAUGAAAGCUGCUGGCCGGUGACCGCACCGAGUUCCCUUGCUUGUUACACUACUUCGCGAGGUCUUUCAGACCAUAACAAGAGUUCUCAUCCAGAAGACUCUGGCGGGGAGAGACCGUAUAGAUGUGGCUUAGACGGUUGCGGAAAAACUUGGAAGGCACGUCAUUUCGGUUCCGAAAGUAUUAAUGGGUUACAGUACCAUUUACAAAUAUCAAAGGCUCAUUUCCAACACGCUAUUGUGUCAACUUUCGUCACCUCUUACAUUGAUGGCCUCACUGUGCCUCAUGUGGAGGCAUCUACUGGCGAAAGUGAUGGUAAAACUAAAAAGCAAUAUUCUUGUCCGCAUCAAGGCUGCCCGAAUCGGUACAAGCAGCUCAGUGGACUCCGUUAUCAUCUAACCCAUGGCCACCCUACGGAUCUUCCGGUUCAGCUGGAUUUGGUACCUCCUGCCCUGAGUCGCAAAUUGGCUGAGAAGAUGCGGAAAGAUGGCACUGGCUCACAACCCCCUGAAACACAUGCGCACAAACCUCUUCCGGCUUCCACCCCCUCGCAGAGCUGCUCUCCUGGACAUGAAUCCGCAUAA